GCCUGCCUCGGCCUCCCAAAGUGCUGAGAUUACAGGCGUGAGCCACCACGCCUGGCCAAGCGCAGUCUUUUGCAAAUGAGGACCCUGAGGUUGCUAGAAGGGAGGUGAUCUGUCCAUACCAGGAGUUAGCAGAAACUUGAACCCAAAUUUCUUUACUGCCUACCCAGUGAUUGUAACCUGAAGGUCAUGGGCAGAGUAAUACUGCUACUGUGAUUCCCAGGAGAGAAACUGAACUUUGCUAAACUACCACUUUGGGCAAACUCAAAAGCAGAUGGGGCCAGCCAUUUGUGGUCUGAAAGCACUCAGAGGCCAGAGGCCCUAUUACAUGGUGCCUUGGUCAGACAGCCCUGGAAUUUGGAUCCUGGGGCUAGAAAAAGAUAAAGAAUGCUGGGAGACUGUGGUUGUGGCAGACUGCCCCUCGAUGGGUCCGACUGUGUUGGCUGAGUGCCACCGGUGCACUCCUGAUGCCUCCAUUUGCAUAACUGAUAGCUGUGGGGAGGCAAGGGGUUCCAGUCACAUAGCGUUCUCUGGCAACUCCUCAGGCCUUUCUAGAGGCAGAGGACAGGGUCAGCACCAUGGACAGCCCCACGGUUCCACCUCCCUUUCGUGUGUCGGAGAACAGACGACCCGGACUAGUCUGGUCUGGGGACCGCCCUAGUCACUGCUGGCUGUUCUAAGCAGGGCGAGGGACUCUUGUGGGUCCCAGAGCAGUCCUUAUGUCCCAGCCGGCUUCUUGCUGCCCUGCGUCCAGUGCUGCUUCCAACGCUAGCCACAGGGGCACAAAGGCUGGUGUCAGGAGGUGCGUCCCUCUGGGGGCUCGCCAGCCGCCAGACUCGAAGCUGUGGCUGUCAUUGCUUCUACAGUCAGUGCAUGUUCUUCACUGACGUCAGUCGGAGCUGUCCUGGCGCUAUAUAAGGCUGGCGGCAGUCCCGGGACAGACCCUGUGUUCCCCAAGGCGCCUUCAGCCCGCCCCGAGGGACAGAAACUGGAGCUCCGUCUUGGACCGUACAAACACUCGCUGAAAACCUGGCCGGCGGCACCAUGAGGCAGGCGGGACGCGCGGCGCUGCUGGCCGCGCUGCUGCUCCUAGUACAUCUGCGCCCUGGGAGCAGCCAGAGGAGCCCCGAGGCGGCCGGGGUCCAGGCUCCAAGUCUGCGCUGGAGCCCCGGGGCGCGGAACCAGGGCGGCGGGGCCCACGCGCUCCUCUUGCUGCUAGCGGAGCGCUUCCCGCGCCGCGCGGGGCCCGGGACGACAGGGGAGCGGCCGCGGCGGGACAACCCUCCUCUGUCCAUUGACCUCACCUUUCACCUGCUGCGGACCCUACUGGAGCUGGCGCGGACGCAGAGCCAGCGGGAGCGCGCCGAGCAGAACCGCAUCAUAUUGGACUCGGUGGGCAAGUGAUGGGCCUGAUUUGGGGCCGCGAAAACUUUGACCCCUUUCCCCCACCUCAGGGUUGGGACGCGGGGCAGAGCCACCAGGGCAUUCUCUGCGUGGCUAUUUUUUAAUAAAAGUGCUGAAGA